AUGGUUGACAAUGAAAAAAUUCUCAAUAAAUUUGUACUUUCUAAUAAUGGCAAUGAGUUAAAUAUUAUUACCGGUAUUCCUUACAAAAUUUCAAAUAGCGGACUUUAUAUAGAUGAUUCGGGUGGUAGUGAUCUUCGCCUUUCUCGUGAUAACCAUCUACCAGGUCAUCCAUUUCAUUCAAGACAAUUAUGGUUUUUUAAAGAAACGUCACAUCCAAGAGAAUAUAAAAUAUUAUCUGGUAGGACAAAUGAUUGUUUGGAUUGUCGGGGAGGUAAACAUAAAGCGAAACUCUACCUGACUUCCCAUGAUAAUCUUCGAGAAGAAAGUCAAAUAUGGUCUUUUUACACUACAACUAAUUCCAAAUCUAAAGUAUUUCAGAUAUGUAAUAAACAGAAUAAUUGUUUCUUAGACAAUUGGGGCGCAAAUGGCUAUAUUUACUUCAAUUGGUAUCGUAAUCCUCCAACUGAUAAAAAUUAUUCAAGACAAUUAUGGAAGUUUAUUCCAGCUUUUGAUUACGAAUUAAAUGCCUUGAUCAGCAACUUUGAGUAUAAAUUUCCUUCAAACGUAAAAAAACAGCCAAUAAAGAAAACUAUUCGUGAGGAUAUCCUGGAUAAUCAGGAUUCAUCAGUAGAACUUAUCACAACUUUUAAUUUCCAAGAAGAAUUAAAUAACACAUAUAGCUUUAGUUUCAAUGAAUCUCUUAAGUUUAUAUCAGAAACAAAAUUAAAUACUAUUCUUCCCUUUAUGGAUAUCGAAAAAGAAUUCAAUUUUAAAAAUAGCUUUGAAGCUGAUAAACGUAUUACAACUGAAAAGAAAGAAUCAUGCACAAUAACUAAAAAAGUUAAAGUACCACCCAAAUCUUGCAUAAAAUCUAUUGAUUACGUUGAUUUCGUGGAAAAUAUAGAAAUUCCUUUUGAAGCUGCUGCAGAGAUAAUAGCAGCUUCAAGUGAUCAGUUUAAAAAAGAUGGUACAUUAGUUAAGAAUGCCCAAGUUGAUGAAGAUGCUGUAAAAUUAUUUUUGAAGGAAAAGAAUUUCCAAGGAAAAAUAAUUGGAUCCAAAGUAAAUUCCAUUCUAGCUAAAGUAAAUGGAACAUUCCGUGGCUCAUACUUCCUAAGAACUUAUAGAAAAUUAGAAGAUAUGGUAAAAAAAGAUCACACCGUAGAUUACACAAUCGAGGGAUUCAAAUUAAAAAGCAUAUUACGUGAUGACUUCGCUGAAACAAAGAAAAAAUUAAAAAUUGGGCUAAAAAUUCUACGACAGAGUGCAGAAAACAUGAUUGAUAAUAUUGAUAAUGAAAAAGUUCAAAAAAUUCCCAAUAAAUUCGUACUUUCUUUUGAUGGUAAAGAAUUAGAUAUUAUUACCGGUGUUCCUUACAAAAUAUCAAACUUUGGAAAUUGCAUAGAUGAUUGGGGUGGCAGUGAUGGUUCGUCCCCUCGCCUUUCUCAUCAUAACCAUCCUCCAGGUCACACGUUUUAUUUAAGACAAUUAUGGAUUUUAGAGAAAACGUCUCAUCCAAGAGGAUAUAAAAUAUUAUCUGGCAGAACCGUUGAUUGUUUUGAUAGUUUGGGAUGUGGCCACCAAGAAAAACUUCACCUGAGUUCAACUAAUUCAAAUUCUCCGGAUGAGAAUUCUUAUAAUAUAAACCAAAUAUGGUCUUUUUACUCUACGGCUGAUUCUAAAUCUAAAGAAUUUCAAAUUCAUAACGAACAGAAUAGUUGUUUUUUAGAUUCUCACGGUUUAUUCUCUCGUAUUCGUUUCAGUUCUUGUUGUAAUAGUUCAAUGGGUGAAAAAAAUUUAAAUCAAUUAUGGAAGUUUAUACCAGCUUUUGAUUAUAAAUUAAAUGUCGUGAUUAACAACUUUAAAUAUAAACUUUCUUCAGACAUAAAAAAACAUCGUUUAAAGAAAACUAUCCGUGAGGAUAUCCUUGAUAAUGUGUCUUCAUCAGAAGCGAUCACAACUAUCAAUUUCCAAGAAGAAUUAACUAACACAUAUAGUUUUAGUUUUAAUGAAUCUCUUGAUUUUAUAUCAGAAACAAAAUUAAUUGCUGAUAUUCCCUUUAUGGAUAUUGAAAAGGAAUUCAAUUUUAAAUAUAAUUUUGAAGCUAAUAAACGGAUUACAAUUGUAAAUGAAGAAUCAUGCACGAUAACCAAAGAAGUUAAAGUUCAACCCAAAUCAUGUAUAAAAGCUAUUGAUUACGUUGAUUUCGUGGAAAAUAUAGAAAUUCCUUUUGAAGCUACAGCAAAAAUAACAGCGUUAAGUGAUCAAUUUAAAAAAGAUGGUACAAUAAUUAAGAAUGCUGAAGUUGAUGAAGAUGCUGUAAAAUUAUUUUUGAAAGAAAAUAAUUUCCAAGGCGAAAUAAUCAGGUCCGAAGGGAAUUCCGUUAUAGCUAAAGUAAACGGUGUAUUCUGCGGAUCAUAUUUCCUAAAACCUUAUAGAAAAUUUGAAGACACGGUUCCCGAAAAUAUUACUAGCAAUGGCAUUUAG